AUGGCUGUGGGAAGAAACAUUAGCAUGGUGACCAAUUUCAUCCUUUUGGGAUUUUUAGAGCAUCCCCAGCUGCAGGUUGUCCUUUUCAUGUUGUUCCUGGGGUUCUACAUGGUGACCAUGGCUGGGAACCUGGGCCUCAUUGUCCUGAUCAGAAUGGACUCACACCUCCACUCCCCCAUGUACUUCUUCCUUAGCAACUUGUCCUUUGUUGAUGUCUCAUACACUUCCUCUAAGAUGCUCUGUGAUUUCUUUAGGGAGCAGAAGGUCAUCUCCUUUGUAGGCUGUGCCACACAGUUUUUCUUCUUUAUUGGAAUGGGAGGCACCGAGUGCUGUCUCCUGGCAGCCAUGGCAUACGACAGAUAUGCUGCCAUCUCUAAUCCUCUACUCUAUCCAUCCAUCCUGUCACCCACCACCUGCAUGGGGAUGGCCAUCACAGCAUACACAGGAGGGCUCCUCACUGGCUUGGUCCAAACCAGCUCCAUAUUUCAACUUCAUUUCUGUGGGUCUCGGAUCAUUAACCAUUUUUUCUGUGAUUUGCCACCCCUGAUGUCCUUGUCUUGCUCUAGUACUUUUCUCAGUCAAGUAAUAAAUUUUCUGGUUGUGUGUACAGUUGGUGGGGCAUCAGCCCUGGUUGUCUUGGUCUCCUAUGGCUACAUCAUUGCUGCUGUCAUGAAGAUUCAUUCAAUCCAUGGGCGGAUGAAGGCUUUUAACACCUGCGCUUCUCAUCUAACUACAGUGAUUCUUUUCUAUGGCUCUGGUCUCUUCUCAUACCUCCAUUCUAGUGCUGGCUACUCUCAGGACAAAAAUAAGGUGGUAUCCAUGUUCUAG